GCUUCUUCCACAAUUCACAACAAAACAAAUUACAAUAAUCAGAUCACCCAAACAAAAGUCCGUAUUCUUUUUUUUACCAUCGACACUCCAGAAACUAGCUCAAAUGAAAAACUAAUUUCAUCAAUUGUUAAGAGGAUAGUCCUAUUGAUCAAUGGAUUCUCAAAUGGCUUCUGCUUUGAAAAGCGGUGACGAAAAACACUUGUCCCUUCAAUCAAAUGCUUCCACAGAUACUGCACUAGUCGUGUUGAAGGUACCUUUCGUCAUUGGUGUUGCUGGAGGGACUGCAUCUGGCAAAACAACUGUUUGCAAUAUGAUUAUUUCGCAGCUUCAGAAUCAACGAGUCGUACUAAUCAGUCAAGAAGCAUUUUAUCAUCCAUUAACUGCAGAGCAGUUAGAGAAAGUUCACGAUCACAACUUCGAUCAUCCUGAUGCCUUUGAUACAGAGCUUCUGCUUUCGUGUAUGGAAAAAUUAAAACAUGGACAACAAAUUAGCAUUCCUAAUUAUGAUUUCAAGUGCCAUAAGAUGAUUGAACCAGCCCGUGUGGUCAAUCCCUCAGAAGUCAUCAUUUUAGAUGGAAUUCUUAUUCUGCAUGAUCCUCGUAUACGUGAUCUCAUGAGCAUGAAGAUCUUUGUUGAUUCAGACUCUGAUGUCCGUCUGGCCAGGAGGAUACGGCGGGAUACUGUUGAGAGGAACAGAAACAUCCUGAACGUGCUAGAUCAAUAUGCCAAACAUGUUAAACCUGGUUUUGAGGAGUUCAUUCUUCCAACAAAGAAAUUCGCUGAUGUAAUAAUUCCUCGAGGAGCAGAUAAUGAUGUUGCAAUCGAUUUGAUAGUUCAGCAUAUUCGUACAAAGCUUGGACAGCAUGAUCUUUGUAAAAUAUACUCAAAUGUUUUCGUUAUACCUUCUACAUUUCAGAUACGUGGGAUGCAUACGCUUGUGCGAAAUGCAAAAACAACCAAGCAUGACUUUGUUUUUUAUGCAGAUCGCCUUAUUCGCCUGGUUGUGGAGCAUGGUCUUGGUCACCUUCCCUUUACUGAGAAGCAGAUAACCACUCCUACAGGAUCUGUUUAUAGUGGAGUCGUUUUCUGUAAACGCUUGUGUGGAGUCUCUGUCAUUAGAAGUGGAGAAAGCAUGGAAAAUGCAUUGCGAGCUUGCUGCAAGGGAAUCAAAAUUGGCAAAAUUCUAAUCCAUGGGGAGGGUAAAAGUGGCAGGCAGUUGAUCUACGAGAAGCUACCCUUAGAUAUUGCAAGUCGCCAUGUGUUGCUGCUUGAUCCAGUACUUGCUUCAGGGAAUUCUGCAGUGAAAGCUAUUUCUGUGCUGCUUAGUAAAGGUGUACCAGAGUCUAACAUCGUUUUCUUAAACCUCAUAUCAGCUCCUGAGGGACUACAUACUGUAUGCAACAAAUAUCCAAGAUUGAAGAUUGUGACAUCAGAGAUUGACACAACCCUUAACAAGGACUUGCAUGUGAUUCCUGGUAUGGGAGAAUUUGGAGAUCGUUAUUUUGGUACUGGUAGUAAAGCUACUCUUUCGUAGCAUCAUCCAUGCAAGCUUAACUAGGAGAAGACAGACAUACUCUGUCCCUCUUUUAUGACAUAAUCUUAGCCAUGAAGAAAUCGCGCUUUGUUCCUCUUUUGUUCUAAUUAGAAAGAGCGAGUUCUUAUUCUUUCAAGGGGAUGAAAGGCGAGUGAAAGAAUCAGGAGAUUUUAUGAUAGGAGAGGUAUCUGGGGACUUGGAGGCAUGACCAUAGAGUUGUAAUUGAAUUUGUCAUAUUUUUUGCAGUAUUGCUGUUGCACCUCAUAUGGAAA